UCUUUUUCCCACAAUGCACCGCACUGUUUUUGUUUUGGCUGCCUGUCCAACAUGGCGGCUCCAGACUGCGUCUUCUACAGAACCCUGUGCCGCUCCAGACCCGGACCGAACAAGUGGUCUUCUCCUGCCAUCUGCAGGGAGGUCCUCUAUGUGGUGGAAUUGCAGCGCUACAGCAGAGACCAGGGCUCCUCUGUCUACUUCCCCCAGGCUGUCCUCAAUGGUGAUGACCUCUAUGACGCCACGUUGACAGACGGCCAUUGCCGGCUCCGUGUGACUCUGGAUCCUGGUCUGAACCCGCUGGUGGAGAGGUACGUCCUGAGGUCCGGAUCGGCGCUUUGUGACGCUGCCUUCACGCCCGCAAUGACCGCUCAGCUCCCAGCAUGCCCCAUGGCGCCCGCGGACAGAGACAGCUACAAACUGCUGAGUGUGGAGGUCUCAGGUGGAGCUCCUGGUGAGGAUGGAGGACUCAGGAGGUUCCAUGUGGACUCUCUGUCCUGGUUUGGGUCCUCGGGACCAGCAGGUGCUCUGGUUCCCCUGAGAGCCAAUAGGAGCGUGUUCCUCCCUCUGUGGAACAAUGUGGACUACAGCGGGGAGGCGUGGAGGGAAGCUCCUCCUGCUGAGGAAGAGGAGGAGGAGGAAGAUAGUGAGCGACGCCCCACUGUGACCGUGUCAGAGCUGAGGGACUCGUUCCUGAUUGGCCACGGGGGCGUUGCCAGGGGCGUCGUCCACCACCAGCUGAUAGUUCGCAUCAUCAACAAAUCACACCUGAUGUACUACGGGAGGAAGGACCUGAACUGUGAAUGUCCAUAUAAGGAACCUCAGAGGACCGGAGAUGGAACCCUGAGGAGCACCUCCGGAUCACAACUAACCUCGCCGCCUCUCUGUGUGCAGGCCGUGCUGGAGGUGUGCGACCGGACAGGAAGUGUGUCCGUGGUGUUAUGGAACAGCGUGUGCCUCGGCUGGUAUCGCCGCUUGAAGCCUGGUGACAUCAUCAAACUGAGACGCUAUCGAGUCAAACGGCGUUUCCAGGCGCAGCAGGACGACAUAGAGAUCAGUGUGAACAGCAGGAAUCCUUCUGCCCUCAUCUCUGUCCUCCCAGAAUCCUCUGCUUCCCCUCAGCAUCUCCCACCUGCAACCUCCUACAGCUUCUGCAACAGCAAGCAGCUCCUGGACCGUCCUCACGGCGUCGUGUGUGAUGUCAUUGGCCUGCUGACCUUCUCGGGACGCCCCGAGCGGAUCAGGAGCGAUGGAGGGGCGGCUCUGUUGGAGUAUCACUGGCUGCGAUUGGAGGACGGCAGCAGCAACCAGCCAAUCAUGGUGAAGCUCUUCUCUACGUCUCAACCCGAAAUCCACCACAAGCUCCACCCACUCUCCGUGGUAGUUUGUACCAGACUGAAGUUGAACAGAGGUGCUGAUGGGAGCAACGUUGUCUUCUACCUGACCAACACCACGUACACACAGGUGUACUGCACAGGAAUGCGCCACCACUCACAGAUGAGUUACCGUAAGCUGCGGCCGGUGAGACAGUUCCUCCAAUGGCUGCGGAACCAGGAUGACAGACAGGUGCUGAGCAGGGCUCUGAUUGGAGGAUUCUUCAUCUACCCGUCUCCUCCCGUCUCAUUGGAAAUGUACAUGAGAGACAGGAGAGGCGUACCAGGGUUCCUGCGAGGUGCGGAGCUUCACAGGGAGCUGGAGAGGCUCCGUUACCGGGAGCGACGAACCUUCUGUAUGCAGGCAGCCGUUACCAUGGUGACGUACAGCCGCAGAGGAGCGGAGGAGCGCUGUUUGUGUUGGAGGGACCAAGCUUCCUCCCUCUUCUCCUCAUCCUCCCCUUUUGCGUCUCCAUCCCCCUCCUCCCCCACUACACCUCGUUCCGUCAGAAGUCCUCCCUCCUCCUCCUCCCCCUCCUUGUCUCCUACGUCUCUGUGUUCGACCUCCACUCCUGUGGACCACAGAUCAGGCAGGACGUCCAGGAAGAGGAGGUUCACCGAGACGCUUCCACACAAGAGACGACCGUUUGUCACAUUGCAAUCAGAACACAACAAGUCAGUCAUCCUGUUUGAAGCCUCCAUGGAGUUCCUAGAAAGCACAAACGCUGAUGAAGACGAUAAAGAAGAUGAAGAUGGAGACACUUCGUCCUUCGUCACCGCCCCCCUCCCCCCCGAUCAACCCCCCAUUGCCUUGGAGACGCUGCCGCUGCGUUACGACCACGCCCACAGGGAGGAGCACGCGGUUGCCAUGGCGAUGGGAGGGGCGUUAAGUGGGAGGUUUGACUCCGUCCUUGAUGAGUACUACACGCUGAGACUUAGAGCUCUCUCAGACGGCGUGUUGGUCGACACCCUCUUCCUCCCCCUCUCCUCUUCCUCCCCCUCUCCUCCGCUCCUCGCUCACGCCAACACCUGGACCUCCAUCUUAUCCCAUGGAUCCUUCUGCCCUCACACGCCUCCACCAUCCCCAGCCGACCUCAUCAGCGCGGCGACACAGCUGGCCAAUCAGAGGCUGGUGUGUGUGCUGGAGGCGUGUCAUCUGGGUGGAGCCACAACGGAACUUGUCCUGAGCCGAGCGUUUCCCCUCAAUCACUGACACACACACACUCAGUGAAAGACUCACACGCACACACACACACA